GUCCAGCAGUGGAAGUGGGGCGUUGACAUUCUAUUCCUUGAGUUUACAGAGAAUAUCGGGCCGCGGGACAACCUGGAAAAGUACACCGUUAUCGUCUUCCAACUUUGCUUUCCACGUUUUUGUAAGAACAUCACUUGUAAAUACCUAUUACCAGGGAACCAGUGGAUUGUGUACUGCUACUGGCUGCUAUGGAUGACAUCUUCACACAAUGUCGCGAGGGAAACUCUGUGGCUGUGCGCCUGUGGUUGGACAACACAGAGAAUGACCUAAAUUUGGGGGACCACCACGGCUUCAGCCCCCUGCACUGGGCAUGCCGGGAGGGGAGGGGCCCGUUGGUGGACAUGCUCAUCAUGAGGGGGGCCCGCAUCAACGUGAUGAACCGCGGCGACGACACGCCCCUGCACCUCGCCGCCAGCCACGGACACAGAGACAUCGUGGCUAAGCUGAUUCAGUGCAAAGCGGACCCGAAUGCCGCCAACGAACAUGGAAACACACCUCUCCACUACGCCUGUUUCUGGGGACAAGACCAGGUGGCUGAGGAUCUAGUGACAUGUGACGCCCAGGUGUGUGUAUGUAACAGGUACGGCCAGACGCCUCUGGAUAAAGCCAAGCCUCACCUGCAGCAGCUGCUACAAGAAAGGGCAGAGAAACAAGGCCAGAGCCUGACCAAAGUUCCUUACAGGGAAACCUUCUGGAAGGGAACCAUGCGCACACGCCCGCGUAAUGGCACUCUGAACAAGCAGGCCGGUGUGGACUUCAAGCAGCUGUCUCUUCUAGCCAAGAUCAAUGAGAACCAGUCCGGAGAGUUGUGGCAAGGACGCUGGCAGGGAGAAGAGAUCGUAGUCAAGGUGUUGAAUGUCAGAGAUUGGACCACCAGGAAGAGCCGGGAUUUCAACGAGGAGCACCCUAAACUUCGAAUCUUCUCUCAUCCAAAUAUCUUGCCGGUUCUUGGCGCCUGUCAGGCCCCUCCCUCCCCCCAUCCCAUAAUAAUCAGCCACUACAUGCCCUACGGGUCACUCUACAACAUCCUGCACCAGGGAACGACACUGGUGGUGGACCAGACGCAGGCGCUGAAGUUUGCCUGGGACAUCGCCAGCGGCAUGGCCUUCCUGCACACGCUGGAGCCAAUGGUGGCGCGGCUCCACCUCAACAGCAAGCACGUCAUGAUUGAUGAAGACAUGACGGCCAGAGUCAGCAUGGCCGACGCCAAGCUCUCUUUCCAGUGUCCCGGUCGCAGCUACUCCCCCGCCUGGCUGGCCCCCGAAGCCCUUCAGAAGAGGCCGGAGGACAUCAACAGGCGCUCAGCAGACAUGUGGAGCUUUGCCGUGCUGCUGUGGGAGCUCGUCACCAGGGAGGUGCCCUUCGCAGAUCUGUCCCAGAUGGAGAUAGGCAUGAAGGUGUCCCUGGAGGGUUUGCGGCCCACCAUCCCUCCGGGGAUCUCCCCCCACGUGUGUAAGCUGAUGAGGCUGUGCAUGAACGAGGACCCGGCCAAGAGACCCAAGUUCGACAUGAUCGUGCCCAUCCUGGAGAAGAUGCAAGACAAGUGAGAAGCCACGCCGCUGAGUGUGAUGCUAGUGAACAGGUCCCCCCCCGCCCUCCUCCACGCCCAUCCAGGUUUGAAUUGGAUGGAGUCCACUUUAGUUAAGUUAAGUUGAUAUUAAAUUAGACCUGAAUAAACAGAUGAUUAUAAUGCAUAGACGUGACAGCAGCAAACCCUGAGAGAGCACUGCAAAUCAAACAGGAUAGGAUAACAUGAGGAAUAAAAAGUGAAAUGGCUGUAGUAUGGGUACUUCAUAUAUGCACAUAACACGACCAAUCCCGUGGUGAACCCAAUUCUGAUAUUGACUCACGCUGUUGGUGAUAUUGAAUAAGAUAUUUGUAUUAAAUUAUAUAUUUUUGUCUAACUAAACGACAGGAAAGCACAUGUUCAUGGAGGUCGGGGAGUGAUGCACAACAGCAGUUUUUUCUUGCAGCUAUUUUUCUACCAAACCAAUUUCUGUGUAUGUUUCAGCUUCACUCAAAUAAUGUAUCUGCUUAUGGUAGUGUAAAUCAUGUAACUCACUACUUAAGUCACUGCUAUGGCGACCCCAAGGGCAUGCCAUGCCUCUGCAGCAUAUUGCCACGUUCAUAAUGAAAUCAAAUGUACUGUCAAAAUGUAUUUUCAAGCCUGCCCAAGUGUCAGAAUGUCACAAUACACACAAGUAUUAAAAUUUGUAUAUUUAUGACAAUGCA